AUGACCUCGUCCAGACGAUAUAGUCACCGACGGAUACCACUAGCAGCCCGGUGGAUACUACUACUGUUAUCCGUAUCGAUACAUUGUCGUGCCGAGGUGCCGAAUGGCUACGAGCAUGCGUUGGAGGUGACGCGACGGUUAUCCAGAGUGGAUGCUUCGCAAUGCGGUGCCAAUAUUGGGGAAAUGAUAGCCUGCUUCUUUCUUCAAUGCUCGGAUGAACCGUGUACUAGGCAAACAACAGAUGUGACAACUCCCACGGACGGCCAAGAGACUUGCCAAUCGUUGGAGUCGGAAGUCUGCAAUCUGAUUGACGCCGAAUGCUGUCCUCCUUGCAAUGAGGCAGCAGGAGCCUAUCUGAGCUGCAUUUUGGCUACCGACGAGGAGUGUCCCGAUUCUUCCUGUGACGCCUACACGAUCGUCAACGAUGAAUCAGCUUGGGAAAAGAGUAAUAGCACCAAUACCACCAGCAGCAGCGAUAACGACGAAAUGAUGCUGGAUGAUCCUCCAUUUGGAGCGGGACCACCGGAUAAUAUUACCGACAAUGGGCCACCCGACAAUACCCCUAAUGGGCCACCCGAUAAUACACCGAAUGGGCCUCCUGACGAUACACCUAAUGGACCUCCUGACGAUACCCCUAAUGGUCCUCCGGGUACUAGCACGGCCAAAUCAGGUGCCACAACAACCAACAACAUCCAUAAAGCCGAAAGCGACAAUUCGAUGGCUGCUUCAGAACUGGAUGUUCUCAGUGUCUGGACUAGUGGGGCCACCUCCAUUUCAUCAACUAUUGUUGGUGUGGUCGGGGCGGUGGUUGUCAUAAACGUGCUGCUGAUAUAG